AUGAUGACUUAUAAAUUUGUCAAUCUGUCACCGGAACAAAUUGAAGCCCGGCGCCACGCCCUCGAUCGAGCAGGGUGGCAUGCGUGGCUCAGUCCGGUCGUCUUGUUGGUGGUGGUUUAUGUGUGUCGCCGAUUACUCUUUUGGUCCCCUGGCACUCGAGAAUUGAGACGGAUCGGCUGGGUUCUCGAAACGACGUACGUUUCCGAAUUCGGUCCUCUGUCCGUGCAGUUGUUUGGACUCGCGUACACGGCGUGGCUCUUGUUCUUGGUCUUCCGCGGCACGGGGGAAGAUUACAUGCACCUCACCAAAGCGUUUGGCCACGUCGGCGUCAGUCAGAUGCCCUUGCAGUACCUGAUGAGCGUGAAGUGGACAGCACUUAGUCCCGUCGCGGCCGCCACGGGAUUGAGCCACGAAAAGGUCAACGUGUACCAUCGCUUUUUGGGGCGGGUGGUGCAUUUGUUUUUGGGUAUACAUGCCGUCUUGUAUUUGAGGUUCUUUGCAAAGAUGGGAUGGUUGGAGAAACGCGUUCGUGACUGGGACGUCAGGUUCGGGUUGUUGGCGUUUUGGACCGUCAAUUUCCUGGGGGUGUUGAGCCUGCCGGCUGUCCGGAGAAGGGCUUACCAUGCCCUGUUUUGGAGAAGCCAUAUCGUCCUGGCACUUGCACUGCCUGUGUUUGUCUUUUGGCACGUCAAAUGGACCAGGCUGUACGUGGGUCAAGUGGCCGUGGUGUGGGUGUUGAACGUGGUCACGAGGAGAUUCUGGGCCGGGGAGGUCGUCCAGGUGAGGAGUGAGGAUCUACAGGGAACUACCGGUUCGAAUACAACACGGCAAUUGGUCCAAGUGAAGAUGAGCGUGCGACAGGGUGGGAGACUCGCAAAGGCGACGCCGGGUCAGCACGUGUAUGUGCACGCCCCGGACGGGGGUGGCGUGAAGAACCCGUUUACGGUUGUGAGCGUGACAGACUCACAUCCAAAGGAUGGUGUAGUCGAGGUGAUGCUUGUGGUGAGAAGGUUAGGUGGACCGGGGACCAAAUGGUUGGCGGAGGUGGCGAAGACGGGAAAAAAGGUCGACAUCCGGGUCGAAGGACCUUAUGGUGAUGCCGGUGAUCAUGUUGACAGGUUGGUCAAUGUCGAGACGACGGGUCCGGUGUUACUUAUCGCUGGGGGUGUCGGUGCUACGUACACAUUACCGUUGUACAUGGCGCUAUUGAGCAAAGCCAGGCGACAAGGAGUUCAGAGGAACGUCAAGAUGGUAUGGCUUGUGAAGAGUGUUGCGGAUGCUGCUUGGGGUGUUGAGGUUUUGCGACGCCAUUUACCCGUUACAGAGAUGGACGUUGAUGUCUACGUUACAGGUGAAAGUGCUAACAUGAGUCUUGCACCUACGCAAGACUCGAACAUGGUGUCAGGGGGAGGAAAAUUGCUUGGAUUCAAGAUACACACACUCGGGGAAAGACCAAGUAUUGCUCCAAUGGUGGACAACUUUUUCGCUGCCUCAGCUGCAGGUGGUCAACAUGACUUCAAUGCCGACGAGGUUAAUGUCUUUGUCUGUGGGCCAGCGUCAUUGUCGGCGGAUCUGAGGAAAGCAAUGGGGAGGCAUGUCAAUGCAUCAGGUAUCAAAUUGAGAUGGAUCGAGGAAGUGUUUGGAUUCGGAGGGAGUUAG